AUGGCGGCGCUCUGUAAGGUGACGUCCGGGCUCCGGUGUGGAGGAGUCCGGUUCUCCUCCCGGUUCUCCUCCCGGUUCUUCAGGAGCUCCUUUAGCUCGGACUCUUCCGGUACUUCCGGUUCCGACCAGCCCGCCCCGGACAGACCCAAGUCCGGCUUCGCUGCUGCCUUCGACCUGCAGUCAGAGCUCCAGCGGGAGACCGGGAGCACCGGGAGCACCGGGGGACCCUCGGCCCGGUCCGGAGGCUCCUCCCCCGGGGAGCAGGACAGCUUCGCCUCGCUGCUGCGCCGGUCCCCGCUGAUCCAGAUGGGACCGGCUAAGGACAAGGUGGUGGUGGGGAGGAUCGAGCACGUGGUCGGGGAAGACCUGUACGUGGACUUCGGGGGGAAGUUCCACUGUGUGUGCAGGAGGCCCGCGGACCGGAACCGGGACCGGCUGCAGCGGGGCAGCAGGGUCCGGCUCCGGCUGCACGACCUGGAGCUCACGGCCCGGUUCCUGGGAGCCGCUACCGACACAACGCUGCUGGAGGCCCGGGCGGACCUGCUGGGCCCGCUGGACACCCGGGACAACCGGGACCGGAACUGAACCGGGACUGAGAUGGACAAACGGAACCGGGACUUGAUUGUGGACUCUGGACUCUAAUGUGUGAUCUGAAUGUUGAAAUGUGUUUUAAUAA